CUCUUUUCAACGGAUAUAACCCAUUCCGGAUUCGUCUUCUUCCUCCUUCGCUAUCGAAUUUCAACCCGAACCGAAUUCCGGUUGUGAUUUCCCCCAAAUUCUCGCUCCUUCCUCCGAAAUGGCUCCUGUAGAUCCCGCAACCUGGACCCAUGAAUCCUCUAUCAUCAAGGAGGAUGAACUUCGUGAAGUGGCCGAGCUUCUGGGCAGAGGCUUCCGGGUCCAACAUCCCAAUGCUGUCGGAGGUAUUAACUUAUCUCAUAACCCAAACCCCCAGAAGUAUAUGGUCAUGCACUACCACUCCGUGGAGAACGGGUUCAAAUUGCCCCUUCACGAUUUGGUUCGCGACAUCUGCCACCAUUUUGAAUUCGUCCCUGGUCAGUUGACUGCAAAUGCGCACAAGUAUGCCGCGUCCUACAUCUUGCGAUGCUGUGCCCUGGAUAGAACCCCAACGCUGGACGAAUUCCUCGUCCUUUUCAGUAUCGGCGGUCCUUUUUCCUACUACAGUCUAUUUCCUCAUCCCCAAUCUCCAAUUUUUGAGAGGGUUGAGUUAAAAAUCGACAAGUGGGCACGCCGCUAUUUUGUCAUCGAGCUUCCAGUCCACAGCCCUAUAGAUUUUCCGGGCACUGUACGCUGUAGCUCUAUCUCCCGAACACCAUUCGCUGCUAUACCCCAGGCGGAGGCGGCAUAUAACAUCUUGAGAGAGGAAAGGGGGGUGUCUUCCCCUGAAAGGUCAAAAACUCCUCCUGUUGUGGAAUCCAACCUAGCCGGGAGCUCCUCCGGGAGCCAGGCCCAAGGCAACACCACUGCCUUGGCUGUUUGCAAACCGCCUGCUGCCUUGGACGUCAUUCCCAUCUCUGGCAUUCCUGGGUUAAGGAAACCCACGCCGUCUCGGAAACGACUACGGGAAGGGGUUACUGGCGAUGAUUUCCUUCCCAAGAAGAAUAAAAGUUUGGAGUUACCCAACCCGGAUAGCUUAGAUCGUGAGGGGGAUGAACUUCCGGACCAGUCAGCACUCAAAAGACCUGCAUUGCAGCCUCAGCCUGAGGCAAAUCUAGAGAAGAUGAGGGAGUCAGUGCAAGAGCCUGCAAUUCCCCAGGCACGCCCCGACUUGCUUGCCCUCAAUGCUCUGCACUUCAUGGAGCAGGCCCAACAAUCACUCCUCACCCUGACUGAGGAGUACUUGGGUGGAGCAUCAGGGAACUACCGGACCGUAGUGGUCCUGAAGGAGAAGGAGUUGGCUGUCAGGGCUCUGCAGCAGAAAGUCGACACCCUAGAACAACAAGUCCAGGUCCUCCAAGAAGAGAAUGCCCGAAUCAAGGCAAAUGGAUCAAUGGAACUAGCAGCUGAAAGGUCCAGGGUCAAGUCCCUGCAAGAGCAGAUUGCUAUUUACCAAAGUGUUGAAACACGGGAUUGUCACGUUUUUCGUACUAAAGCCGUGUUUGUUCUUAUGACAGUUUACUCAACAUCUACUCUAAAAGAGAGCCUUGUUCUUGAGUGUCUUAGUGUUGUAUACACGUUAAGGGAAGCUUGUUUCCCUUGGUUGUACGAAGGAAAGAAAGUCGGAGAUAAGUUAAUCCCCAAGACCGAGGACGAAUUUGAUGCUGAAGACAUCAAGAAAGUAGAGAAUUAUGCAAAGGCAAUAAACAUGCUCUACCGCGCGGUCAAUCCCGAUGACUAUCGUAAAAUCUCCUGCUGCACAACCGCCAAGGAGAUGUGGGAUAAGCUAGAGGUAGCAUACGAAGGCACGAACCAAGUUCGGGAAGCGAAAAUUGACUUCCUAACGCAGGAAUACGAGAUGUUCAGGAUGAAACCAGGCGAGAAGAUUGACGACAUGUUCAAUCGCUUGUCGAAGAUCAUCAAUGAUCUUCACGCCCUAAAGAAGACGUAUGCCAAGAAGGACUUCGUGAGGAAAAUCCUAUGGAGCCUCACCCCCGAAUGGAGAUCAAAGGCCGAUGCCAUCUAUGAAUCCAUUGGAGUCUCCAACGUAACCAUCGACGGAUUAAGAGGUAACCUUAAAACUUAUGAAUCUACAAUUCUAACCCCGUCUUUGGAUGAACAAAAGAAUAAAGGGAUAGCGCUCAAAGCAACCAAGGAAAUGGUUGAAGACGAAUCAAGUGAUGAAGACAACAAGUUUGACCUCAUCAUCAAGAAAUUCCACAAAUUUAUGAAGAAAGAGCACGAGCGCAAAGGAAAGAAGCACGACAAUUCCCUGAAGUGCUAUGGCUGUGGCAAGAUUGGCCACAUCAAACCGAGAUGUCCAAAAGCGAAGAACGCCAAGGACAAACAUGGGUUCAAGAAGCAACGAGCAUACAUCUCUUGGGGAGGAGACUCCGACGAUGAGUCAAGCGAGCAAGAGGAAGACGAGGAAGCAAACCUUUGUCUUAUAGCUCAAGAAGAAGAGGAGUCAUCCAACGACAGAAACCAAGAGGUAUGUAUUUCUUCUACCGAUUCUUACUCUCUUGAAGAAAUGCAAGAAGCUCUCCAAGAGCUUUAUGACGAGUUUGUCAGCGCUUCUAAAACCAACAAAGCUUUAAAGAAACGGCUGCCCAUCCGCGGUGACGACAUCGCGACUUAUGGUGCCGACGAUUGGAUCCUCAACAACGAGGCGGUCGUCAUUCGUGAGCUUGGGAUCAUCAACUUGAUCCGCCACAGCGGCGCACCGACGAUUCACUCGGCCCCACCGGACAAGCACCUCCUCCUCUACAUCAUCACCCUGAUUCUCCGCCCCCGGGACAACAGUCAUACCUCGCUCUUCAACGAGGACUUGAAGGCGAUUCACGCCAUCAUCCACAGUGCCUCCAUCAAUUGGGCGAAAUUCGUGAUGAUCCACAUGGCGGAUUACGCCUCCAUCGCCACUGAGCGGAGCUUGCCAUACGCCUUCCUCGUCAUGGACCUCAUCAUCUCCGCCGACAUCUCCAUUUCCGGCCCGAAUACGAAGAUGACGAAGAUUUGGAUCAUUCAAGACAGCACCUUCCGGAAGAAGUCCGGAGACCGAGACGACGCCGGACCAAGUCGUGCCCGUGCCCCCGCCCGUGCACUUGCCCCCGCUCCCGCCCGGGCCUCAUUGCAGUUCAUAGCCGAUACCCUGAAUCGGCUAACCCUCACGGUGGACGACAUGGGGCAGUACAUGGAGCAGAUGGAUUGGACGCUACAACGUCAACACCAUGACAUGACGGCAUUCUUCCGCGGCAUCAACUACGUCCCGCCGCCCUUUGACACCACCUUCCUUGGCCAAAACUAUGAAGGCGAGGACAAGGAGGAUAACACCUAUGCUCCGUCCUCCUCCCCCGACGAAGCCGACUUUGAGGACGCGGUCGACGGGGAUCCCAUGGACGUUGAGGACGACGAAGAAGACGAUGACACCGAGAACGAGGACGCUGAUGCUUAGACUCUUCCUUCUCUCCUUUCCCUACUUUAAUUUCAUUUCUUUUAACUAUUUCAAUUCCGUUGUAUUCCGCAUUUUCUCCUUUUUUAAUGAAUAAAAGUUUACUUUUAAACUCUAAAGUUCACUUUUAAUUCUUUUUGUUAAUGUCAAAAGGGGGAAGAUAUCAAGGUAAUGCAUAAAUUGAGGGGGAAUUG